GAUAUGUCGCCCGCUGGCGUCACAACAGGACCAACGUUAGUUCUGUAAAGUCACGUGAUUUCUGGGAAAACGCGUGUCUUCCUCUGCUCUGCCGGAAGCAAGCAAACCAUUUCUGUUUUUUUCUGAUGAAAGUGCUAUGCGCGGGUGCGCUCAGCUGUAGUGAGGAAAUUUAGGAAACGCAACCUAAGCUAUGGCAUCUGGGAAAAUUCGCUCCACGCGCAGAUUACGCUCUUGGAUGGUAGAACAGGUCAGCAGUGGGAAAUACCCUGGCCUGAUAUGGGACAACGACGCCAAGACCAUGUUCCGUAUCCCCUGGAAACACGGGGGGAAACAAGACUUCCGCAGCGAAGUGGAUGGUGCCAUCUUCAAGGCAUGGGCAGUGUUUAAGGGGAAGUUGUCUGAGGGGGGUCGUGCGGACCCUGCCUCCUGGAAGACCCGGCUGCGCGUUGCUCUCAAUAAGAGCCCGGAGUUCAGAGAGGAACCCGAGAGGUCACAGCUGGAAAUCUCUGAACCAUACAAAGUCUACCGCCUCGUACCCAUCAAUGAACAAGCGUUGGGGAGUGUUGACAUAAAGGCCCGAGCAGGGGGGAGGAAGAGAAGGAGCCGUGAUUCAGACAUCGAGGAGGAGGAAGAGGAGGUGGUGAAGGUCAAACAGAUGAAAGAAGUCACCACCUCCCUGCCAUUCACCAUGGAGAUUGAGGAAAGUGUUCUUACAGUGCAGCUAGACCAGGUUGAUCAGCCCUCAGACAUCCUGAAGAGUCCUCGGACAGUCAAUGAGAUCCAGGUGAACUUCACGAUCGAGACCGUCCCUCCCCCUGGAGCCCAGGACUCUUUCCAUGUCUUAGUGAAGUACAUGGGAGAGGUGGUGCUUAAACGUGGGGUCAUGGGCAGCGAUGUCCGGAUCGCCUAUCUGCCCUCCUCGCCCGUUCCCCCCACCCCGAUGGUGUCUGGGUUCCCCCGCAUCCCCCUGCCCGACCCCCCCUCCACCCUGACCUCCAGCCCUGGCAUCGGGCCCCAGUUCCAGGCCCUCUCCACCCUGCUGCCCUUCUUGGAGAAAGGGGUGAUCCUGACCACCACGGGGAUAGGGGUCUAUGCUAAGCGCUACUGCCAGGGCCAGGUGUUCUGGACAGGGCCACAUUCUGCCACGGCGGGACCCCACAAGAUGAACCAUGCUGUGGAGCCCGUGCGGCUCUUCGAUAGAGAGGCUUUCAGAAUGGAGCUGGACCACUUCCGCAGAUACGGGGGAGACCCUCCUCAGUGUGGCUUCACCUUGUAUUUCAGUGAUACAGAGGACCCAUCCAGCAAACUCAUCAUCAUACAGAUAACCCUACCCUGGGCUCAGCAGCAGGUCAAGGAAGCUGAAGACUUCCAGGAGUCAAUGACCUAUCUCCGCAACAUAACCAGCGAAUCAGGAGAUGUCACCAUCAACCUGGUACCAGGGUCAUUGCUAUCCGAGCUCCUUGGGACGUCCCUACCUUAAACCCUAACCUUAACCAUAUACAAAUGUCAACUUCAAUGGGGUAGGGACGUCCCAAGGAUCCCGGAUAGCACGGAACCUGGUAAAAGUGCCUUAGCCUUCCUUUAGCAUCCAAUCACAGGACAUCUUGUAUAAUUGACCAGUCGUUUUUUAAUUAAGCACUCUGAUCUGAUACUAAGUCAUACACAUGAUGCAUGACAUACUUGUCUGAAUAGCACUACAUGGAGUGGAAGACAUCACUUUGGUUUAGCCCUCAGGAUUGCCCUUUACCAACUUGUGAUGUUAUACUGAUGUUCCAAAUGGUUUCAAAUUCACUUUUAUAUGGAGUCAGAUACUUCUACUCCUUGUUGCAGUCUUUGAAUACUGACUGGUACUGCUUCAGAUACCUCUCUGUGUCCUCAUGUUGCUUACAUAGUCUGUGAUAGUGUAACUGUUGACAGUUGUUUUAAGUAGUAUAUGAGAGAAACACUGACAGGCUCGUAAGCCAUAGUAGGCUGAAGGUCAGUGAUUUGAUCAUCACCAUGCCAACCGUUAAGAGGCAGGAAACCAACUUGUCUGUAGUUUUUGUUUCUGAAAGUGGUAACGCUUGUUAAGCACAUUUCUAUAGAGAACGAUAAUAUUAAGACUUUGAAGGAGAGGCUCCUUCACUAGAGACAUUGGACUCUUUUAAAUGUGUUUGCAAGUAUGUAUUCAAGAGCAAGUGUGUUUAUGUUUUGUAUUUGUUAAUCUUCUCUCCAUAACUCAGUGCUUACUAUUAGUCCCAACGUUAAGCAGUUAAUUGUUUGGUCAAUUGUGUUAAUUGAGAUUGGCUCAGUUUUGCAUGGCAGGUCACUUUACAGGUGUACCCAAUUAGUAAAUUACACAAGCCACAGUAUAAAGCAGGUGUGUUGAGAUUGUGCUAGGGUUAUGGUUUGUGGAGAUUGUUCUAGGGUUAUGGUUUGUGGAGAUUGUUCUAGGGUUAUGGUGUGUGGAUAUUGUUCUAGGGCAGGACUGCCCAACCCUGUUCCUGGAGAGCUACCAUCCUGUAGGUUUUUGCUCCAACCCUAAUCUAGCA